ACUGAGGAUGAUGCUCUGCUAUUGAUAUCGGGAAAGAUAUCAUUUAGAACUGUCUUCUUUUUAGAAGGAUAUUGAGGCACGUACCACAAAGCUAUUGCAGAACAAGUAAAAGCAAAGGUUUAUCGCUGCGAGUAGAGUUUCUUUACAAUAUUUHAUUGUCGAACGGCAUAGAAAUGACAUGCGAUAAGUUUGAAGUAUAUGUUCGAUUUCUCGAAAGUUAUUGUCCGUCAUUCCUGUAUCAGUCUGACGACGAAACAUUCCAUGAGAGUUUGUGGAAUCUUUCCAGAGAGAAGGAGAACUUAUACAAUAGGUUUUUAGCUCCACCAGUUAAAGAGUGCCUGUCAUGCGGUCGUGCCUUGUCAACCUACAAUCCACCCACAAAGGCCGUGGUUUACGGUAUAAAAGGACCAGUCCCUUCAUCCAAGGUGACAUUSGAAUGCCGUACUUGCAAUAUCAAGUAUGGCAUAACAAGAUACACUGACGAAAAAGGGCGACAUUUUUACUCUUGUGCUACAAAAAGUGACCUUGUAGAAAUAAGCAACGUCACGUACAUGGAGUACGAUUUAUAUCGCUGGAUACCAUUACUUGGGAAUCACUGCUGGGUGUCUUUUUCUGGUUAUUCUGAAGCAUUCAAUGAAGUGUUCUUUGAUAGAAUAAAAGAGGUGUCAUUAGUCUUAAGAGCUCAUCAACUUGAAGACCAAGAUGAUGACUCUCAAAAAUUAACCAGCAGAUUAGGCGGAAAUAUACCCGGUGAAUUAACAAGCAAGGCAGUGGCAAMGGCAUAUUGGACACAUGAGCUGGAAGAGGAACUGGGGGAACAAGGAAUGAGAGACAAAUGGGUUUUCACAAAGAGUAAUCAGCCUGAUAAGUACAUGCGUAGUGAGGAAGAUGCAAUAGAGUACAUUUCUAAAAUAAGAAGUAAAAGUCUUUACUCUCAUACUUGCUCAACACACUGUAAAAGUAAAGGCCGCCCUCUUCAAGCUCCUGUAGAUAUUGAGGACGGGAUUACAGCUGAUGAUAUAGAUGAAAAGCUGAAGACAAUAACAGCACAACACUCUUCGAAUACACUCAUUCAAGAGAUCAAUGCUGCAUCAUAUCAAGGUACUGAAGAUUUCAUCAAGUCAAAUAUGAACUUUCUGGAAGAGUGCCAAGAAGUUGUCCAGUCAUCAUGCAACAAAGAUACUGGAGGACGGAAGACUCUUCAGAGCUGGUCUCGAGGUGUUUUCUUUAUUGUGAGUGGUGGUGGACAUAUAGAAUAUUGGCAGCCAUUGUACAGAUCUGAAUCACCUACACAGGCCUUCCUUAUUUUGGUUUUAUGGCUUUACAAGAAAUUUAAGGCAAUGGUUGAUGCUGGUCUGUCAGCUCAAGAGUUAGAAAAACAAAUGGAGAAGACCAUAGUGGCAUAUGAUAACAUGUGUCAUGUUGAUGGCAUGAAGGUCUGCAGGCAAGAUCUCCCCUUUCCAGAGCCACUCAACAAGGUUUGGAAGUCUGUUGUGAAGGUUAUAGACUGA